AUAGGUAAUGCUGUCAUUUGUCAGUGCCACAAAUAGAGUGACAGCAGCUGUCGUUUACUGAAAGGGCACAAAUCCAAGCCAAAGGCAGCACCUUGAUUCGAAUUGGAGGUGCUCCCAAACCCACCCGCACGCAGCUCGGAGAGAGAGAGAAGAGAGAGGGAUCUGCGUGGUCGGUUUGUUCGAGCGCGCACCAGGUGGUGGUCUGGUCUUCUUGCAAUUUAGCAUCCCCACCGCUGUCGUCGGAGGAGCUCCUUCCUCGCAGCUGUAGCUGAAUAGAUCAAGAGAGGAGUGGAUUGAUUUUCAAUAUAAUUAGGGUUUUAUUCUCCGCGUGUUGAGUAUUUGUCGGAAUGGCAGCUCCGCCGGCGAGGGCCCGAGCCGACUAUGAUUACCUCAUCAAGCUCUUGCUGAUUGGGGAUAGCGGUGUGGGUAAGAGUUGUCUUCUUUUGCGCUUCUCAGAUGGUUCGUUUACCACCAGCUUUAUAACCACUAUCGGUAUCGAUUUCAAGAUAAGAACUAUAGAGCUUGAUGGCAAACGAAUCAAGCUUCAAAUUUGGGACACAGCGGGUCAGGAGCGGUUUCGAACAAUCACAACUGCUUACUAUCGUGGAGCUAUGGGGAUUCUUCUGGUCUAUGAUGUUACUGACGAAUCAUCCUUCAAUAACAUCAGGAACUGGAUUCGUAAUAUUGAACAGCAUGCAUCUGAUAAUGUCAACAAGAUUCUGGUAGGAAACAAGGCUGACAUGGAUGAAAGCAAAAGAGCUGUGCCCACUGCAAAAGGCCAAGCACUUGCUGAUGAGUAUGGGAUCAAGUUCUUUGAGACUAGUGCAAAGACAAACCUGAAUGUGGAGCAAGUUUUCUUCUCCAUAGCAAGGGACAUAAAGCAAAGGCUUGCAGACACCGAUUCCAAGGCUGAGCCCUCGACUAUCAGGAUUAAUCAACCAGACCAGGCUGGUGGAGCUGCACAGGCUACGCAAAAAUCAGCUUGCUGUGGUUCAUAAAAAAAGCCGUAUGGUCAGUCCACUCAGUUGGGGGCAGGGCAGCAGGCUAAUUGCAACAAUGACGAUAUAGUGGUGUUUGUAAUCUUUCUGAUCUUAUCAUUCUUUCAGAACUUGAAGUGUGAAAUUACUCCCUACUUGUCUAAAUGGUUUGUUAUGUGACUGAAAGACACGGUGGCAUUUUAUUGUUGUCACUUUUCUCUGCUUCU